AUGGAAAAUCAGAAGUUUAGCAUGUAUCGAGCUAGGUUCUCUCUCCCCUCCCUCUCCUUCCCCAGCCGCCGCCGCCUGCUGCCAGCCGCCGGCUGGCCGGCGUGCGCCUCUGCCAUGGCUGCACCUCCUCCAUUCCCCGCCUCCUAUAGCUUCCCACCCCUUGCUUCGCCCGCCUCUGCCCCUCCGCAGGGCGGCGCGCCUGCACCUGGCGGCCGUCCGCCGGCGGCGGACCUGUACGCGCCCGGAGCCGCGCGCCCGCCAGGUGCCCUGCCGGCAGCCGCCCGCCGUCCGCCCGCCUCUGCCCCUCCGCAGGGGGGCGCGCACGCGCCUGGCGGCCGUCCGCUGGGGGUCGCGCCCAGGGACGCGCCCGCCCGUCCACCGGCGGCUGCUACACCAGGCCUGUACGCGCCCGAGCCAGGAGCAGGUGCUCGCCCGCCAGGGGGCGCACCCGCCCGUCCGCAGGGGGCUGCUCCACCCAGCGCCGCCGCCGCCUCCCUCCUCCUGGCCGCGGCUGCCGUUCUCCCUCCUCCCUCGCUGCGCGCAGGUGCGGCCCCCGGCGCAGCCAGUCCUGGCGCGAGCGCGGGCCUAGCGCGGCCUCCAGGCGCGCCCCUCCCUGGCGCUGCUGCCAAUGCCCUCGCCACCGCCCUCGACGCCGCCCGGGCUGAGCGAGGGUUGGGGGGGCCGCCUGACGUGUGCCCGGGGCUCAGUGCUCCCCUCCCUGGUGCUGCUGCCGCCGCCCGCAUCGCUGCCUGGACUACUCCUCCGCUGCCGUCGUCUCCUCUUGGCCCUCCUCCCUCCGAGCCGAGCGAGGGUGGGGGGGGGGGGCGAAGUGGCAGCCAUCGCCGUCGACGUGGAAACAGUGAGCCUCACCCACCUGCGGCGGUGCUCACAGGUGCUCCUCCGGGGGCCCGACCUGUUGGUGGGGACCCGGCGGCCUGGGCAUCUUUCCACAACCCGUGGUCGCGGGCCAUGUUGCCUCUCCAGGCUCCCGGCGGUGCAACUCCUCGCCCGGCGACGGCCAUGCUCGCUUGUGCUCCUCCAGGGUCUCUUUCCGCAUCUCCUGGGGCCCCACCUCCCGCCGUAUUGCCCAGGCCUGUCGGUUGGGGCCCGACGGCCUUGGCCAACUGUUUCAGCGCCAUGACUCCGACUCCUCCUGUCGGGCCAUACUGGGUCGCCGACUCGGGAGCCACUUACCACACCACUCCCGACCCGAGUAUCCUCUCCUCCGUUCACCCUCCUUCCUCUCAUCCUUCGUCCAUCAUGGUUGCCAAUGGCUCGUGUCUUCUUGUCACCUCUGUGGGUGCCGCCGGCGCUCAUGGCUCCUUUCGCCUUCCCGACGUCCUUGUUGCCCCUUCUAUGGUUCACAACCUUCUUUCUAUUCGUCGGUUUACAGCUGACAAUUCCUGCUCGGUUGAGUUUGAUUCUUCUGGUCUUACUUUCAGCCUCACCAUCAAGGCCGUCCAGUGUGACAAUGGCCGGGAAUUCGAUAACUCCACCUCCCGUGCCUUCUUUCUCUCACACGGUGUCCAGUUGCGCAUGUCCUGUCCGUAUACCUCCUCCCAGAACGGCAAGGCUGAGCGCAUGAUUCGCACCACCAACGACACCAUCCGCACCCUUCUACUCCAGGCGUCCCUACCCGCUCGCUUCUGGGCUGAGAGCCUGCACACCUCCACCUAUCUCCUUAACCGCCUUCCUUCCACUGCCUGUCCCGCUCCUACCCCUCAUCAUGCUCUGUUCGGCACCCCUCCUCGGUAUGACCACCUUCGUGUUUUCGGGUGUGCGUGCUACCCUAACACCACGGCCACUGCUCCCCACAAGCUGGCACCCCGUUCGACUCUCUGUGUCUUCCUCGGGUACUCUCCGGACCACAAGGGGUACCGGUGCUAUGAUCUUACCUCUCGUCGCGUCCUCAUCUCUCGCCAUGUGGUGUUUGAUGAGUUUGUCUUCCCUUUCUCCACCACCACCACACCGGCUUCCGCCCCUGACCUCGACUUCUUCUCGUCGUGUCCCGCUGACCCGGUGGCCCAGCCACCUUUACUGUUUCCUGCAGGAUCUGCUCCACCGAGGUCUUCGCCGGCAUUGUGCCCCGGCUCGUCGCCCACCGGUGUGGCUCGGGGCUCUGUGCCUUGCACGGGUCCGUUGGCCACGCCCCUCCAGGUGGUUCCUGCAACUACACCUGACGCGGGCCCGGGGACGCCGGUGUCUGUUCCUCCGGCACCCUGCACCCAGCCGGUGCCUGUUGGACCCCCGGCGCGCUUCGCGCAGCCGGUGCGCGUCUACCAGCGCCGGGCGCGGCCGGUCCCGCCUCCUCCGCCACCGGGGGUGGCCUCUACGCUCUGCCUCAGUCGCCACCACCGGUGGUCUCCUCUCCGCCGGCCACGCCUACUCCGCCACCGUGGGCACCGACUGCACGUGCUGUGUCGCCGGUGUACCACCCGCCGAUUCUUCACCGCGACCCGCGUCAUGUCCACCCGAUGGUGA